AUGUCAAGUGGAUUCCAUUGUGAUGUCUGUGCAUCAGAUUGUACCAAUAGAGUACGCAUAUCAUGUGCCAUAUGUCCAGAAUAUGAUCUUUGUGUACCAUGUUUUGCAAGUGGUGCUUCAUCAAAUAAUCAUAAACCUUAUCAUGAUUAUAAAGUUAUAGAAACAAAUUCAUUUCCAAUAUUUGAUCCUGAUUGGGGUGCUGAUGAAGAAUUAGCUUUGAUUCAAGGCUCACAAUCUCUGGGAUUGGGGAAUUGGCAAGAUGUUGCAGAACAUAUUGGUGGACGUUCCAAAGAGGAAGUUGCUAAACAUUAUGAAGAUAUUUAUUUAAAUUCAAAUGAAUAUCCAAUACCUGAAAUGGAUAAAGAUUUUAGUAAUAUAACAUCAACUGAAAUGUCCAAAAAGAAGAAAAGAAGACUGGAUGAAAGAAGAAAUGCUCCAUUACCACCACCAAGGAAACCAACUGCCUCAGUACCAUUAUGUCAUGAAGUUCAAGGUUUUAUGCCUGGUAGAUUAGAAUUUGAACAUGAAUUUGAAAAUGAUGCAGAAUUAACUGUUAAAGAUAUGGUUUUCGAACCUGAUGAUUUAACAUCAGAUAUUGAAUUAAAAUUAGCAAUUAUUGAUAUUUAUAAUUCAAGAUUAACAACAAGAGCUGAAAAGAAAAGAUUAUUAUUUGAUAAUAAUUUAUUAGAAUAUAGGAAAAAUGCAAGUUUAGAUAAAAAAAGAACUAAAGAGGAAAGAGAAUUAUUUAAUAAGAUUAAAGCAUAUGCAAGAGUUAUGAGUCCAAAAGAUUUUGAAGAUUUUUCAAAAGAUAUGUUAACAGAAUUACAUUGUAGAGUUCGUAUACAACAAUUACAAGAAUGGAGGAAAAAUGGUAUAACAUCAAUUGAAAGUGGGAAUAAAUUUGAAAAAGAUAAAUCUCAAAGAAUUGCUAAUUUACAAAGAUAUGGUUAUACAAAUACAAAUAGUUCAAGACAUACAGUUAAUUCAUUACAACAUUCAACAUCAAGAUCAAGAACUCCAAUGAAUGGAAUUAAUGAAGUUAAACGUAAAGCAUUAACACAUUCUGAUAUUCAACAUUCAAAUGAUUUUAAUUUAUUAAAUCAAGAUGAACAAGAUUUAUGUAUUUCAUUAAAAAUUUUACCAAAACCUUAUAUUGCCAUUAAAGAAACUUUAUUUAGAGAAAGUUUAAGAACUGGUGGUAUCAUAAAGAAGAAAACUUGUAAAGAAUUAUUAAAUAUUGAUCCAAGUAAAGCAAAUAGAAUAUUUGAAUUUUUCCGUCAACAAAAUUGGUUAUAA